ACUGCAGGGAGAGAGGGGUUGAAAUGUGUUUUGUUUUUGGAGGGUUGAUUGUGACCUUCGCUGACGUACUACACGUGAUAUAAACAUUGAAGGGAGAUCAGGAAAGGACACACACGGUGUGCGGCACAGAGACACAGAGGGAGAAGUUGGGUGAAGUUUGCACAGGGACAGCUUGCUUGCAGAGUGUAGGGCAGGCUGUCAGUGAGCAGCCUGAGAGCUCGGUGCCUGGGCUCCCGGAGCUGACACAUCUCCCAUGGAUCUGACCGGCAAAGUCGCGCUGGUGACUGGAGCAGCUCAGGGCAUCGGCAGAUCGUUCAGCGAGGCGCUGCUGAGACAUGGAGCGAAGGUGGCUCUGGUGGAUUUGAACAUGAGCACUGGGGAAGCCUGUAAGAAGGCAUUGGAUAGGGAAUUUGAUGCUGCCAGGAGUUUAUUCAUCGCAUGCGACGUGGGAGCAGAGGAAGAAUUAAAAUGUGCUUUUAAGAAGACGAUAGAGCUCUUUGGAAGCUUGGAUAUCGUGUGUAACAAUGCCGGAAUAAACAAUGAGCACAACUGGGAGCAGACAAUCAAUGUUAAUUUGACCUCCGUGAUAAGAGGAACAUACCUAGCUUUGGAAUACAUGAGCAAGGAGAAUGGGGGCAAAGGAGGAGUUAUCGUGAACAUGGCAUCUUUAGCAGGUAUAUUCCCAGCUGCGCACGGACCAGUGUACACAGCCACAAAGCAUGGUGUAGUUGGAUUCACCAGGGCUAUAGCAGCAACCUCGAAGCUUUUGGACUAUGGAGUUCGGAUCAACACAAUUUGUCCAGCCUUUGUGGAUACUCCGCUUUUGAACUCUGUGAAUCAAGAGCAAAUGAUGGGACGAUACUACGUACUCAAGGAUACGGUGAAAAAGUUGAUUCAACACUACGGGAUAUUGGACCCGUCAUUAAUCGUUGAAGGGUUAAUGAAAAUUCUUCAGGAGGAGGACUUGAAUGGAGCAGUCAUGAAGAUAACCAAGUCCAAAGGGAUCCAUUUUGAAAUCUAUGAGACAAUGCUGAUACAGCCAGAAGUAAAGUAGACCAACUCCUCCCGGUCUUGCUAACAGAGUGUCUCUCAAAUUCACCUGCCCCUGACGUCAGGGGACAUGAGCUGACAAUGUAUUUUGCACAAACUCUAAAUGACUUUGGAUAAGUGCAGGCACCAACUUGGAUGUUCUUUUGCUAUGCCCUGCAUAAAAUGUUUUAACUUUCCUCGUCUUUAAAUUAUUUAAUUUAAUUAUAUUUUUGUAAUCAAAGGGAACUCUGCAGUGUGAAAUAAUUGUGGAUAUUGUUGAACAAAUUAUGACUUAAACUAGCAAUAAGAAACUUGAACUUGUAAUGCUUUUAAAAUUGAAAAUGUGUUGCUGGAAA